AUGUCACACCGACUGCACGCUUUAUCAAGCGCAAUGACGAGCUUCAGUCUCGCUAUAAUUAAAGAUAUGACUAGGCAGCAAAGGACUGAAAGUGACAAUCCAAGGAUCAUCAAGCCAUGGCUUCAGCUUAGCAAGGCAACUACAAUUUUGAGAUCAAACAGGCUUCAAGUGGGCGUGAUAGACACGUCCCAGGUGGGAACUUGGACAGUUCUAAGUGCCGAUGGUCGAUUAUGCGCAGCUAUUGCCUUCCGAGUCAAAGUAUUUGCCGGAUGCUUGGCCUCUAUUGAUGGAUUGGAUUCUUAA